UGCAGUUUUUACCCGAAGAUAACGUGAUAUUUCACGUGAUUUUUUUAACUUUACUAACCGCCUCGGAGACACGCGUAACUUCACUUAAAUCCAAGAAGAUCAAGAUUUUGUUCGAGCUUUCAGCCGAAACUAGAAGCUGUGUGUUCCACAGCUAAUAAACAUUACCAUUAUGUUAAAGACAAAUUUUAUUGUUAAAAGACAAUAAUGAAACGCUAGGAUUUUCCCAAAACAUUUGGGAAUACUUUCUUCGACUUUUUAUAAAGUUUGACGUUCUGUUACUGCCUCAAAAGAAGAUUUUAUACCAAACAGACAACAGUACAACUUUAGUGUGAUAUUAUAUUGGUAUUUACUUUGAACUAUUCCAACCGGACGUAUAGCUAUGGCGGCAGCAUCACAAGCUGGAGGGUCCACUCCACAAGAUGUAAUUAAUAAAAAUGAAUACCAAGUCAAACUGGUUGCUCUCAUCAACGAAUGCUGUGAUUAUUUACUAGAUAUGCUACAUGACCCGGGACGUGGUGACAUGCCAAAAGAUAAAGUAAAACUGUAUCAAGCAUUGAAACCAUUCGAGAAAAAAUUGCAAAAGCAUAAUUUAGAUAUUGCACUUCCAGGAAACGGGGAAACGGAUUCGAAAUCGUUUGAUAUCACAACUCUUUGUGAUAUAUUGAUAAAUUGCUGCCCAAAAAUAAAAAAACCAAAGGGUGGUUGGAAAAUCAAAGCACCAAAAGAAACUGAUUUAAGUGACGGUGCUGAAAUCAUUCGGAUCAGAAACGCAAGAAAUAGUGUUAUGCAAGCUAAAGCGCUAUCUGAGGCAAAAUAUGUUGAGUUAUGGGACGCAAUACAAGCAAUUUUACAUCGGAAUGGUUACGAUAUAAAAAAAAUAACUGACUUAAAAACGCUUUCCUUGAAAGAAUACUGUUUGAAAAAUGAAUUAUUUCAAAUUAAGUUACAAAAAGCAGAACAAGAUAUUAUAAAAGAUGAUGUAAAACAAAAUAAAGAAGAAAUUAGAGCAUUGAAGGAGGACUUUGAAACUUCAAAAAAAUCGAAAGAAUUCACAAAACUUGCAAGCCUGGAUGCUUUGAAGUUUGUUUCAAAAAUGAUUGGAAGUGAUUGGAAGGAACUGGCCAGGAGACUAAAAAUUAAAUUAAACGUCACUGUAGACAUAAAUGAUGAAAUUAAAAGAAAGAGACAUAGUGAAGACGAAAGUUCGGAAACAUCUAACAAGAAACAAAAGCUUGGCGAAGACAAGGUUGCCCAUAAGAACGAGGAAAAAUGUCCUAAUGAAGUUAACAUGAACAAAUGCUUUGAUAAUAUCAGAAGUGAAAUUCCAUGGGAUGAGCUGAAAAAUGAAUUAAAGUUAUUAGGGCGUCAGGAUAUUGUUAAUACAAUCACGUCAACAACGUGUUGUACGCGCGGGUUGAAAGAGUGCUCCAUAUCACUUAAGCAACAAUACAAGAAAGAAUUAUCGGAUUGGAAAAUGGCUUCAGCGUUUAAAACUGAAUGUGGUAGAAAAUAUACAAUCAAAGAUCGUAGUAAUGCUUAUGUAGAGUUGGUAGUAGGGUCAUGGAGUGAAACAUUUGCUAGCGAUCAAGAACACUUUAAAAAAAACAUUUCGUCACACAAAGAAAAAAUCGACAUAAAGAAUAUCGUUCAGCAAGGUGAUGAAGCCAUUUUAAUUAGAGGUAUUGCAGGUAUUGGCAAGACUUCGUUCGUGGAGAAUUUUGUUUUACAAUGGGCAAACGAGAACAUUUUGACAGAUAUUGACUUUGUGUUUAAAUUUACAUGUCGUGAGCUAAACGCGGUAGGAAAUAUCUCUAGCUGGGAAGAACUUGUGAAACGAUUUUUUCCAAACAUUGGCUAUUUUGAUGGGCUAUUUAAAAAUUUAAUUGAAAACAAUGCUAGAGUUCUCAUAAUCAUUGACGGUAUCGACGAAUUUCGAUACCUUAAUGAUCUAACCAAAUAUUCAGAGGGAAAAUUUGCACAAGAUUUUGUUUCCCUUAUUCACGAUGCAAUCGUCCAGAAGAUACCCCUACUUUCAAAGGGCAAAGUGAUUGUAUGCGGACGACCGCAGGCUUGUGAUGUCAUUAAAAACAUACUCCAAGAAAAGAAUUCGCAGCUUAAAUUAAUUGAAGUGUCCGGCUUUAGUGAGGACAACGUUGACACUUACAUUAGGAAAUUUUUCUUAUGUAAUGAAGAGAAAAUUAAUUAUUUGAAGACUGCCCUUAAUGAGAUUGAAAACCUUAAAUCCAUGGCUUAUAUACCUAUUUAUUUGUAUAUAAUAUGUACCGUUUUUAAUUCGGAACAGAAGCUGGAAGAACUAAAUACGAUCACAAAAUUGAACAUUGCAGCAUGCUUGGUAUUUUUGAUGGACCACAUGACCGAGUUUAAAGGAAAAAAUUGUGCGCUUAUUAAAUUAUCUGAGAGCGAACAUGUUUUACAGAUGAUUAAAAGCACUUCGGAAUUUGCGUUUAAGUCACUUGAGCAGCAAAGAAUUCUUUUCACACAAAAGGAAUUUGAAAAUGUAGAUAAGGAUUGCUUAAAAACUAUUGAAGAAUCUGGUAUCAUUGAAAAAGUUGAAGGGGAUGAUGAUGGUGACUUUUAUCAGUUCAAGCAUUUGGUUUUGCAGGAAUUUUUUAGUGCUGUUUACAUGUUUCUUGUUGGAAUUGAUGUUGAACCAGUAUCAAAACUUCCAAAUAUGAGGAAUUGUAUUCCGUUGUUGGCUGGGUUGUAUGGAUUACUGAACAGUUAUGAAAACGUCUCUCAGUAUAUCAAGAAAUUUGUUAUUGGUUUAAAUGCAUCACCUAGCGAUUUACCUGUCGAAAAUUUGUUCCAAUUCAACGAUAAAGAAAUUUUCCUGUCGAUUUACCACGAGUAUCGAGGUGAAGUUUCAGCAGAUGUUAUAAGACGUGUCUGGAAUUAUGCAUUUUUGCACAUAUCUUAUCAUCACACUUUUAGCCAGUUUAUUUUUUUUCUGAAGUCAAAAACAGUUGAUUUAGACUUACUAAAUAUCGAAUUUGAUAUGGUGGAUGGUCAAAUGAAAGAAAGUGAAAUUCAGAAACUAGUUUCUUCAAAUAGCAUAGAUAAAUUAGAAUUGAGGUUUUCUGGAACAUCUUUAAGUGUCUGGAGUGUAUCAUUACUUUCUGAGUGUAUUUCAAAUAGAUGUAAUGUUGUGAGCCUAUCUAUACAUGACGGAAAUUUAAGCGAUGAUCAUAUCGAAUGUUUACAAAGUUGUAUACCACAUUUAUAUAGUUUAGAUCUUUCGUGUGAUUUUGAAAUGACGCCAACCUCAAUGCAGUACUUAUCAAAAUCAAUUAAACAAGAUUUCGUAAAGUAUGGCCUUUCAAAAUUAAUUUUAAGCAAUUUGACUGAUGAGCAUAUCAAUAGUUUACGAUCUUGUAUACCAUGUUUAUCAACACUGCACCUGUGUGCAUGUUCAGAAAUGACUGUGUAUUCGAUGAAAUACAUAUCAGAUUCUAUUAUUCAAGCAGUUGAAGAAAACAAAAGCAACUUGGAAGAUUUAAAUUUAACCAAUUGCGAGUUAACUGAUAAUCAUAUAAAAUCUUUACAAAGUUGUAUACCAUAUUUAAAAGAGUUGGAUCUUUCUGAAAACGAUGCAAUGUCACCGGUUUCUAUGAAAUACAUAUCAGACGCCAUUACAGAAGCAGUUAAGAAAAACACGAACAAGUUGAAGGGAAUAGAUUUUAGUUACUGUGGCUUAAGUGACGACCAUAUCAAAAAUUUAUGUUCCUGUCUGCCAAAUUUUGAACGCGUGUAUCUUAGUGGCAAUAAAAAAAUAUCAACGAUUUCGCUAAAAUACAUAUCAAAUUCAGUUAUGGAAGCUGCAAGAAAAAAUGCAAAUCAUUUGAGUCGACUUAAUAUGUCUAGCUGUGGGCUAAAUGCUGAUGGCUGCGAAAGUUUGAAAUGUUAUAUACCAGACAUAACUUUUUAGUAAAGACAAAAGAUACACGUAAAGGACAUUAUAUUAUUUCAUUUUCUUGUUUAUGAAUUUUUGAAAGUUAAAUUUUGUUUAAUUGUAUUCUUUCAAACACUUUUAAGUCGUCUUUCGCAAGACGUCUGUUAGACGUUGACUAAAAGACGUUUGUUAGA